AUGCCAGGCCUCAUCGAUGCUCAUGUGCACGUGGAGUUCUCUGAGCGCUUCCCGCUGCACGACCAGCCCGAGCUCUCGGCAGCGCAGCUCCGCCAAGAGAUGGCCGAGCGCGCCUUGCGCAUGCUGCGCAGCGGGAUCACCACCGCGCGAGACUUGGGGGGACGUAACUAUGCAGCUCUGGGUCUUCGCGAUGCAAUCCGCAAGGGUGAAUGUUUGGGUCCUCGCCUGCUUUGCGCGGGGCAGCCGCUGACGGUGCCGAGAGGACACUGCCAUCAAUGGGGCGGAGAGGCAGGCUCACUGGAGGAAGCUUUGGCAGUCGUCGACCGCCAGGUAGAGAACCGCGUCGAUUGGAUCAAGGUGAUGGCCACUGGCGGAAUGCGUACACCUGGGACAAAUGUGGAGGAAGCAGCCUUCUCUGUCCACGACUUGAAAGAGGUGGUUGCCCGUGCGACUGCAAAGUCGCUGGCAGUGGCAGCGCACGCGCAUGGUGCCCAGGGCGUGGUCCAUGCGGUGCAGGCAGGCUGCAGAACGGUGGAGCACUGCACAUGGAUAGCAAAGGCAGGCCAGUGGGGCUGCGUGGAUGCUUCCACGGUGGAGGCCAUGGCUCGGCAAGGCAUUGCUGUUGCCCCAACUGCACACGCGAACUGGCGAUCCAAGCCUAUGGGACAUCGCAAUUACACCCGAAUGUGUUCAGCCUUGCAACAGCUGCGCGCGGCUGGGAUCCAGCUCCUAGCCUCCUCAGAUGCGGGAGCCAUCCCAGGUCUUCCCCACGAUGCUCUUCAUGCAGGCAUUCAGGUUCUGGCCGAGAUGGCAAGGAUGACGCCCGUGGAAGCUUUAAAGGCUGCUACAUCGGCCUCAGCUGCUGUCUUGGGCCUUGAGGCAGAGUGUGGUCGUCUAAUACCACGCCUCUCCGCAGACUUCCUGGUGGUCGCUGGCAAUCCGACUGAAGAUCUGGGUGCGCUCGGCCGCCCUGCGCUCGUGGUGGUGGAGGGUCGUCGCGUCGAGCCCUUGGCUCCUCCACCGCCUUGGCCAAAGGUCGCGAGGCAGAGCCGCGUCAAAAAGUUCAUUUAUGUGUCUGCCAUAAUGGCCAACGGAAAGAACCUCGGAGACGAAGUCACAGAAAGCGAUGUCUACAAGAACUGGAACAAUUUCGGAAGCGUGCUUGAGAAGAAGCUGGCGGCGGAGGAGUACAUCAAGAAAUCCGGCCUUGAUUACACCAUCAUUCGUCCAGUGCCAAUGUCCAAUGACUUCCCCAGAGAUGUCGGCGGAAUUUACUUUGCAAAGCCGGACUCGCUGCGCCUCCGUGAUUCCGAUGUGGGCAAGAAGAUCAGCCGUGACGACGUGGGGCUGGCCGUGCUGGACGCCAUCUUCAACCCCAAAGCCUCGAGAGGCACCUUCGAGUUGGUCGGAGUUGCCGGUGCUCCGCCUACCCCGCGAGAUCAGUGGUGGGAAGUGAAGGAUGGGCAGAAAGCGUAG